AUGAGAGUGAAGUACAUGACAGCAAUGACAAAAGGAACUAAUAUCAAACCUAAUGAAAUCGCUCACGAGGACAUAGAGCUUAACAAGUACUUUGUGGAGUAUCUUAUAAGUGAAGAGUAUGUAAGACCUUACUUCAUGUUUGACAGCAUGAAUGAGGAUGUUAUUUCAUGGUUAAAGAAUAUAAGCAAUGUUUUCGGUAAGUACGUCAUAGAUGACAAAGGUCUUGUUGUAUUUUAUGAGACAGCAAUACGAACACAGGAACUAAUGGAUAUUAUGCAUUCAACAGCAAAGAAAGGAUUUAGUACUAUUGGCAUGAAUGAACAUUGCAGGAAUGACAUAUACAACCUAUGCUCACGAAAGCCUUACACAAAAGCAAUACAAAUGAUAGAACAUAAGUGUCUAAAGUCAGCAAAUGAAAUCAUUACUGUCAGUGGUUAUGAAAGAACUGUUAGCAAAGAUGAGUGGAAACAGCUAUUCAUAUUAAGGAAGGACGUUGCUGAACUAGUUAAACCUGUUGCACAAACAUUGUUUCAGAUAAGACCAGCAAUGACUAAGAACCCUUUGACCUUAGUCAAUGAGACCAUAGAGAUUGAAGAUAAUGACAUGAAAGAACUAGGAAUGAAUGAGAGAAGUUGUGAAGGAUGUUUGAGUCAAAACACAUGGUUCUUCAGAGCUGUUAAGAAACUUAGUAAAGAACGACAGAAAUAUUUUAUAGAGAAGUAUUGCAAAGGACAUGUAAAUGAAUUGUUUGAAAUAGAACUUAGAGACACUUUCACACUAAAGGACUUGAGGAAAAAUAAGUACAUGAGUGAGGACGGUAUUGACAUAGCUAGUGUUAUAAAUGACUUAAGAAGAUGUGUUGUCGUUAUUGACGGAGCACGUAUGACAUAUCUAGUGAAAGAUUAUGAUGGAAUACGAGACACAACAACACUUGUAUCAAUAGAUAGCAAGGAAUUCAAUAAGCUCAUGAAGAGUAUUUAUGUAGGACGUAUUGAGGAGAAGGAUGUGAACGCACUGAUGAUUUAUGAAGCGGGUCAGAACAAGAACUAUCUUAUGAAGUCAGGCAUGAGAUUCUUUGACGAAAGAGAUGACAUUUACAGCUAUUUCAGAGGAUAUGAGUAUGAGGUACUGAAUGAAGUAGAUGAAAGCGUUAUUGAAGGAUAUUUGAAACAUGUUCACGAUGUCAUAUGUAAUGAGGAUGAAGAGCUUUAUGAGUAUGUUUUGAACUGGUUCGCCUACAUCGUUCAAAAUCCUUGUGGAAAGACUGGAACAGUACUUUUGUUAAUAGGAAAGCAAGGAACUGGUAAGAAUGUACUUAGUAAU